AUGGCCCCGGAGGACGAGCGGGGUGAGGAGGGGGAGGCCUCCCCCUCCCCCCCACCGGAGCCGGGGGGGGUCUCGGGGGCGCGGGGGGAUUUGGGGGAGGGUCCGGGGGCGGGAUUUGGGUCUGGGGUCUCGGGGGAGCUGUACCACGAGCGGCAGCGCCUGGAGCUCUGCGCCCUGCACGCCCUCAACAACCUCCUGCAGCGGCCCUGGCUCAGCAAGGCCGCGGCCGACGGCAUCUGCCGCCGGCUGGCCCCCAACUCGCGGCCCAACCCCCACCGGAGCCCCCUGGGCACGGGGAACUACGACAUCAACGUGGUGAUGGCAGCGCUGGGCACGCUGGGGCUGGCGGCCGUCUGGUGGGACAAACGGCGCCCCCUGGAGCGGCUCUCGGUGUCCCCGGUGCUGGGGUUCCUGCUGAACGUUCCCUCCCGGCCCCGCCUGGGGGCGCUGCAGCUGCCGCUGGCCCGGCCCCACUGGCUCAGCGUGCGGCGCCUGGGCCGCACCUUCUACAACCUGGACUCCAAACUGGCCGCGCCCGCCGCCAUCGGCAGCGAGCCGCAGCUCAGGGAGUUCCUGCGGCGGGUGUUGGAUGAGGGGAGCUCGGAGCUGUUCCUGGUGGUGCCGCGGGAGGUGGAGGAGGAGGGGACGUGGUUGAGCCCGGAGUGACACCUGAACAACACCUGAACAACACCUGAACAACACCUGAACGACACCUGAACGACACCUGAACGACACCUGAACGACACCGAGAGACACUGAGUGACACUGAGUGACACCUGAACAACACCUGAACGACACCUGAACGACACCUGAACAACACCUGAACGACACCUGAACAACACCUGAACGACACCUGAACGACACCUGAACGACACCUGAACGACACCGAGUGACACUGAGUGACACUGAGUGACACCUGAACAACACCUGAACAACACCUGAACAACACCUGAAUGACACCGAGUGACACUGAGUGACACCUGGGUGACACCUGAAUGACACCUGAGUGACACCUGGGUGACAGCGGGGUGACAGCGGGGUGACACCCGUGCAGUUUUGGGGUUGUUCCGGGUGUUUCUGCGAGUCCUGGGCUGUCUCUGCUCUGGAAUUCCGGAGGGAAAGGGAUGAGAAGCGAUGGUUGGGA